AUGGAGGCCUCUGAAGAAAGACUAUUUCGACUACCCUUUACACUACCAAAGUCUCUAUCAGCUAAAAAAAUCUGUGUGUAUAUAGCUGGUGCACUAUAUGGAGCUGGUAUUUGGUCGUUUCUAGACUGUGUUCUCUACUCAAAACAUGGCAAUGCGUCGGACAUGCAUGUUUCAUUUAUUGAUUGGGUGCCAAUGAUAUGCAGUGUAUUAGGGAUGGCAAUUGUGAGUUCCAUUGAAAAAAAUAGAUUACUUCAAGACGCUCUAUCCUCGGGAAACUUUAACGGUUCCCAAGCUACUGCGUGGCAGGCCAGAAUAGUACUAUUCCUUGGGUUUUCUCUUUUAGCGAGUGGUAUCUCGGGAUCUUUGGUUGUUUUGAUCGUUAAGUUUUUGUUAAAAGACUACACUUCAUACCCCACUUUGGGGAUGGGUGUCAACAACGUCCUUGCUAAUUUCUUCAUUCUAAUGAGUUGCACAUUUUUAUGGAUUGGCCAAAAUGUUGAAGAUGAAUACAACUAUUCGUUAACUUUAUGA